AUGGGUACACCCCGAAACUUGUGCAAAAUGGGAAAUUCUCCCCUCAUCCAAAGCAAGGCAAGGCAAGGCAAGGUUCCCGGCAUCCCAGAUAUUGCCCUGAUAAACCUACCUUCAAUUAACUACACGCUGACUAAUCACAACGACCUCUCAUCAGACCAUAACCCAAUUCAACUUAACAUACAAGCAUCGCCGAUAUCAAGAAAUCCCCGAAGACAUCCAACAAAAUCAACUGGACAAAAUUCAAGAACGAACUCUCGCAAAUUAAAAUAUCCAAUGUCCGAACACCACAAGAAAUUGACCACAAAAUAG